UGAUGAAGGACAUCGGCUGAGGUUCGACGCUCUUUACAGUCAGUGAAUUAAUAAAGUGAGUGGGUCUGUGUUGAUCGUGUCCCUGACUGUGGAAUCAUCCUGUCAUUCAGAAACUCUCGGUCCUGAAGGUAAUCAGAUUUUAAUCAUUUAUUUAUUAUCACAGAAAGACGCAUCAGAACUCAAUCAUGUCAAAAAUACGGUUAUUUUACUGUAAAAUAAAUGCUUUUUAAUUUCAGAGGACCUUGACUACACGAGCAUGUUUAUUCAAAUCAGGCUGCUUCUCAGAAUAGUGUUUUUGUUGACUGAAUGUUCGGCCCAUGAAAGAGUCUCUGAAUCAGUCGAACGUCACAUUUUAACGCACUUUUGAGUUUUACAGGGUCUCUCUGAAAACAUAUGGGAUCUCUGAUGGAGACAUUUGCAUUUUAAUUAUUAAAUUUCUUUUGAAAUGAAAGAGUCGUCAUUUUACGAUAGUGUGCGUGCGUCCUUUUCCUCUUGUUUGAUUCAUGCAGGUGUUUGACCUGCAGAACAAAAGUGUAGUCAGAGUAAUUCAGAGCAGAGGAACAGAAACAACCUGUACAGACCGGAAAAAUCACUUAACAGGUGUAAAAGUGUUAAAUUACUCGUGUGUCCGUGUCCCUGACCUUCUGCAGCUGUGGAGGUUUUUUUGUACAGAUCUGCAAACUGGACCGAAUGAACGCCGUCAUAUAAACACUCUGAAUGUUAAAUAAAAUGUUGUAAAGUUGUCGUCAGGUGAAUCUCAAUCUUGACUCAAAAGUUCCUCUUUUAUUUUUACUUUCUCCCCUCCAGCUCUACCCGUUAUCUAAACGGACUCCCGCUGAAAUAAAGAUCAGGAGACCAUUUACCGGCCCUCCUCUCUUCCUCCUGAACUCGCCGGCUGCUAAUCGAUGAGUGAGCAGCAUUAAAGGAGAUGUGUAAAUGAGUCCAAAUGACUGGGCAUUCACAGGCCUCAUUUCCUCAGUGAUUAGAUCAGGAUCUCCUCCCAUACAAUGAUGUUUUCAUUAUCCUGCUCUCCUGUCCUCCUUUUCCUCUCUUUUCUCCUCUCCUUUUGUCCAUUAGGCCGAGCAGCGCCGUGAAACAAUAACGCCGGCAGCGCCAUCCCCCUCCUGAACCGGAUCAUCUGAUGAUCUGACUGCAGAGAGGAGGUCGCCUGAGCACAAAAUGAGCUCCUGUGGACUGUCAAUAAAUCAAUAGUGGAGUCCUGUCAUAUUAAAACCACAGACUGAAACUCUGAACACGACUGAUCAGUAACUGAGCGUCGAGUUUGAGCUCAACGUAAACGGUUAUUUCUCUAAACUCAAUCUGAGUUCUCGGGUUUGGGUCAGCAUCUGUUUUUGUGGUGUUAAUACAAAAAAGCUUUUCAUAUCAGUCAAUAGUUAUUAGUUAUUGAUGACAUUUGGGAAUAUAAUGUCAACAUUUUGAAUUUUCUCUUUCUGACUGUAAACAAAGCCGUUCUCCACCUCCUCUAACCUGAUUGGUUGUGAGGCAGACGCUGCUCCCCCGUGUCGUUCAGGAGCCCAAACAAAGUUAGCGUGCUACAAUAUCGGACAGUAGAAACCAACCAGAAAGUUCGGAAAAUUGUCUGAAUCCUCCUUUGGCCACGACUGCCGACACAAGCAAGAAAACAAAGUAAAUACCGGAGACUCUGGAGGAAUAACGGGCGCUUAAAACGGAGGUAGACCGGACAAGAGCUAAAAAGCCGGGUCAACAUAAACGAUGGGGGACGCUUGGGGAUCUUGGUGACCCUGUAACCUUUCUGCUGGACAGGUAAACCGCUUUAACAAAGUAAGACAAGUGUCUGUAACAGAAGUGUUUCUUGUCAAACGGACCUGCUGUAGCGUGUUGUAGCGCCAUCGCUAAACUGUCCUCCCUCGGGUCCUGGACUAUGUCACUUUAUCCUAGUUGUAGAAGUCCUGCAAACAUUGUGUUUGCUGGUAGUCUGUUGGUAUCUACAGUAGCACCAAUGCUUUUGACUUUCACCUUGACUGGGCCCCAUUUGUAAUGAUCUGAAGUAUUUAUCUGCAUUAUAUCUGAAUUUAAUUGGAACGAUACGAGCGAGCAGGAGCGUCUGUUUGUGGGCGGGGCUUAAGGGGAGAGGAGGAGCUGAGGGGAAAACUGGUUGGGAGGGGUAGAGUUUACAUUCAAGAUUUCUCCUAAAAACUGGAACUAAUUCAGAUCCUGACUACAACACCUUUAAUUAGACACUUUUAAAACUGAUGAUGGAGGUUUGUUUUCAAUCCAGAUACACAAAGAGAGCCUGUGAACAUUUAUACUUUCUAACUGUCCUUCAAAAUAAAAGCACAGUUUUCUCCAAGAAGUUUCAUUCACAGGAAUGGAGACGUAGUCGUAAUUUGCUGGUAGUCGUAGACGUAGCUGGUAGUCUGUUGGCAUCUACAGUAGCACCAAUGCUUUUGACUUUCACCUUGACUGGGCCCCAUUUGUAGUUCGUUUACUGGUGGAGCAGAGAGAGAGAGAGAGAGAGUGUUUCUCUGUGUUGUCUCUUUAACUCUGUGGCUCUAAAACAGUUGAAGUGUGUUUCUGCUCGAUGAGGUUUCUAUGAGGUGAAUAAAUGUUGGUUCAGUUGAUCUUCAGGACGGCUGCAGCUUUAAGAACUUCUGCUUGUUGGAGUUUGAGAGUCUAAAGUCCCCCCCCUCCCUCGUCUCUCACAGCUCACUCCACUCUGCACUCUCACUUCCUUGUUCCCUCCCCUUCCUUCCUCCCUCCCUCAGAUCUACAGUCUUGGUUGGGUGUAACCUCCGUGUGCUGAGGUCAUAUCCUGCUGACUCACAUGUUGUUGAGAUCAGAGCUCAGACUAGUUUCACUUCUCAGGAAAUAAAACUCAGUCAGUCGUCGUCGACAGUGAGUGUUGAAAUGGCGCAGAAAGGAGUUCAUCUGGACCGUGAGUCUUUCUCUUGUUCCAUCUGUUUGGAUCUUCUGAAGGAUCCGGUGACUCUUUCCUGUGGACACAGCUUCUGCAUGAGCUGUAUUCAAUCCCACUGGGAUACUGAGGAUGAGAAGAAGAUCUACAGCUGUCCUCAGUGCAGAGAGACCUUCAUACCGAGGCCUGUCCUGAAGAAAAACACUAUGUUAGCAGGUUUAGUGGAGGAACUGAAGAAGAGCGGACUCCAAGCUGCUCCUGAUGGUUCCUCUGAGGCUGGACCUGAAGAUGUGGCCUGUGACGUCUGCAGUGGGAGAAAACUGAAAGCUGUCAAGUCCUGUUUGUUCUGUUUGAUCUCAUUUUGUGAAAAACACCUACAGCCUCAUUUUGAAUUUCCUGCCUAUGCAAAACACAAGCUGGUGGAGCCCUCCAAGAAGCUCCAGGAGAACAUCUGCUCUCGUCAUGAUGAGGUGAUGAAGAUCUUCUGCCGCACUGAUCAGAAGUCCAUCUGUCAUCUCUGCUGUUUGGACCAACACAAAGGUCACGACACAGUCUCAACUGAAGCAGAAAGGACUGAGAGGCAGAAAGAUCUGGAGGAGAGCCGAGAAAACAUCCAGCAGAGAAUCCAGGACAGAGAAGAAGAUGUGAAGCUGCUCCAACAGGAGGUGGAGGCUAUCAACGGCUCUGCUGAUAAAGCUGUGGAGCACAGCAGAAAGAUCUUCAGACAGCUGAUCCGUCUGAUGGAGAAACGCCGCUCUGAGGUGGAGCAGCAGGUCAGAUCCCAGCAGGAACGUGAAGUGAGUCGAGUCAAAGAGCUUCAGGAGAAGAUGGAGCAGGAGAUCACUGAGCUGAAGAGGAAAGACGCUGAUCUGCAGAAGCUCUCACUCACAGAGGACCACAACCAGUUUCUGCACAGCUACCCCUCACUGUCAGAACCGGGUCAACCUGCAGACUCAUCCAGGAUCAACAUCCGUCCUCUGAGAUACUUUGAGGAGGUGACAGCAGCUGUGUCAGAGGUCAGAGAGAAACUCCAGGAUCUUCUGACAGAGACGUGGACAAACGUCUCACAGGCAGUGACUGAUGUGGACGUUUUACUGUUAGAACCACCAGAACCAGCAGAACCCAAGACCAGAGCUGGUUUCUUAAGAUAUUCACAAAGAAUCACACUGGAUCCAAACACAGUAAACAGAUUUCUGAUAUUAUCUGAUGGAAACAGAAGAGCAACAUAUACAGAAGAACCACAGUCUUAUCCUGAUCAUCCAGACAGAUUCACUGGUUUGGUUCAGGUCCUGAGUAGAGAGAGUCUGACUGGACGUUGUUACUGGGAGGUGGACUGGAGAGGGACCGGGGUUUAUGUAGCAGUCGCAUACAAGACUAUCAGGAGAGACGGAGACUCAUAUGAUUGUUUAUUUGGAUACAAUGACAAAUCUUGGAGGUUAGUCUGUACUAAAGACAGAUAUAAAUUUGUUCACAACAAAGUCUUCACUGAUGUCUCAGGUCCUCCUUCCUCCAGAGUUGGAGUGUACCUGGAUCACAGCGCAGGUAUUCUGUCCUUCUACAGCGUCUCUGAAACCAUGACUCUCCUCCACAGAGUCCAGACCACAUUCACUGAACCUCUACAUGCUGGACUGGGGUUAGACUUUAUUGGAGCCUCUGCUGAGUUUCUAGAAGUGAACUAAAGCGAAUUUUGAGUCCAUCAGACCAAAAUCAUGGACUGAGAUCCUUGAACUCUUGAGAUGUUCUGGUUUGUAAAUGUUUGUGGAUCAGUCUCACCAAAAACUCUGGGUUUAGUUCUUCAUUUCAGCUUUUUGAUUCUUUUCUAAAGAUGCUGAUUUGGUCGCAGCUUUAAGGACAGUGAUUGUGGAGAACUUUGAUUGUUUGUAUUUCUCAUGUUGAAAGAUCUUCAUCAAGUUUGAUAUCAACAACAUCAAGAUGAUGGUUUGUUCAAAUCACCUUCAGUUGGUGCAGAUGUUGAAGGUCUGAGACUUUAGAAAAAAGUGAGGUCAAAAUCGCAGAAAAAGGACGACCUUAUUUCCUGUCCCAAAUCCAAGCGUCUAAAGUCUUUCCAGUCGUCCCCAAAAACUCUUCAGAUGAUCUGUUUCUUUCUCUGUUUGCUGAAUAAUUGUGUUCAUGUGAUCGAUGGAUAUUUCUAAGGCUGCAACAACGAAUCGAUUAAGUCGAUUCGUCAUGACGAAAAAAUUCGUUGCCAACUAAUUCUGUAAUCGAUUCGUCGGGUCUUUAUAUAUGUCCAUGGACACCGGCGUGUAAACAUCAGCAGGACGCACAGAAAAGAAACAGCCAUGGCCGAGGCAGCAGCUGAGAAAAACAUGGACACAACCCAACCCAAAUCCCGACCUAAAACAUCAGUGGUGUGGGAAAACUUCACCAAGACUGAAAAGGAAGGCGUUCAGUGCAACAUUUGCAAAGCCCGUUUUGCAUGGCACGGGAGUACAUCGAUGAUGCAUGCGCACAGGGCUCUCAAGUCUCACGCAUUCAGCGUAUGACACACGCAUUCCCACUCGUUCACACGCUCACACACCACACAUUGUAUUUCUCACGCAUUUAAAUGAACACGGUGAUGUGCACCAAGUUGCACCUCUUUAACUAUGGAACAGGUGGAAAUCAACUGAGUUCCUCCGAGAGUUCAGAAGCUGCGUGCCACGCGCAAGCCAAUCAAAUAAAGUAUAUCUACUGAACAGCCAAUCAAAAAGCAGCAUUGCUGUAUCCGGGUAGCUUUUGAUAUCUUGCGGUUUGACUACAGAAGAAGACAGACACUCGCCGAAAUAGAGCAGGUUUUUAUAAGGCCGAGAUAGACCCGAUGAUUACAGUAAGUCAGUAACCUACACAUGCAGAGACCUCAACACCUCAUGGCAGAUAAACUCAUAUGAUAAACUAAAGCCCUAUGCUAUUGCUAUUAACAGCUGCAUUGAUGAAUUUAGCCUGUUUAUCCGAUUAAUCGAUUAGUUAUUAAAAUAGUCGGCAGAUUAAUCGAUUAUCAAAACAAUCGUUAGUUGCAGCCCUAGAUAUUUCUGUCUGCUUCUGUUGGAUCAGUGUGUUUGUAAAGACAUCUAGAAUCAGACUUUGGACAGAUCCACAUGUUGUUAUGAGCUAUUCAAUCACUCUAAUAAUAAUAAUCACAUUUAUUAGUCCGACUGUUUGGAUGUUUCUGACUCAGCUCAGAUUGUGGUCAAGUCUCUGAUUGUGGGUAAAAAAAUCAUAAAAAUCCUCAAACUGAGUCACUGAAAUCACCUCGUUUGUUUUGGAGGAAUAACGGGCGCUUAAAACGGAGGUAGACCGGACAAGAGCUAAAAAGCCGGGUCAACAUAAACGAUGGGGGACGCUUGGGGAUCUUGGUGACCCUGUAACCUUUCUGCUGGACAGGUAAACCGCUUUAACAAAGGAAGACAAGUGUCUGUAACAGAAGUGUUUCUUGUCAAACGGACCUGCUGUAGCGUGUUGUAGCGCCAUCGCUAAACUGUCCUCCCUCGGGUCCUGGACUAUGUCACUUUAUCCUCGUUGUAGAAGUCCUGCAAACAUUGUGUUUGCUGGUAGUCUGUUGGCAUCUACAGUAGCACCAAUGCUUUUGACUUUCACCUUGACUGGGCCCCAUUUGUAAUGAUCUGAAGUAUUUAUCUGCAUUAUAUCUGAAUUUAAUCGGAACGAUACGAGCGAGCAGGAGCGUCUGUUUGUGGGCGGGGCUUGAGGAGAGAGGAGGAACUAACUCAGAUCCUGACUACCCCACCUUUAAUUAAACACUUUUAAAACUGAUGAUGGAGGUUUGUUUUCAAUCCAGAUACACAAAGAGAGCCUGUGAACAUUUACACUUUCUAACUGUCCUUCAAAAUAAAAGCAUAGUUUUUUCUGCAAAGUUUCAUUCACAAGAAUGGAGACGCAGAUAAAUCACAAAUUUAAACAUCAUUUUAAACAGAUGUCGGGUAAUUAUGUUUAUUAUUAAAGUUCAUGAAGGGAUAAACUGUUGCUCUACUUUUUCUUGAAUUUUAAUAAAUGUGACUGAUUGUUUUGAAAGGAAGGACUCAGGUGCAGAACUUAAAAUAUUUCUUAAAGCGAAAAAGGAAACCUCUCUCACACAUAUAUACUGACAUACAGAGACAAUGAACCGACCAAGACAGAGGGGAAGACAGAGACUAUGUACACACUGGGUAACGAGCAGCAGGUGAGGCAGACGAGACACAGGUGAGACUGAUGAUUGAUUAACGAAGGAGGGAAAACUAGGGAAGUAGAAACACAAGGAGUCAACUCCUACAAAAUAAAACAGGAAACCAAACACAAGUAGAAGGGACUAAAAAAUAUCUGAGACCAGCGUUGGGAGUCCAAAAUAAAAUAAAAUGAUCAAAUUCUGGAAAAGUUUCCUGGAAAUGUGCUUUUGUGGUCAGUAACCUCUGAUCUGUAGUUUUACUUUUACCGUUUCUCCUCGUCUUCUAAUCCUCCUCUCUCCUCUCAGUCGUCUUUAUUACCGUCAGCCUUAUUAUAUAACCACUACAGUCCAACUGUCUGUGCAUGUCUGUGCACGGUUCCUGUUACAGACUAUAUUUACCUGACUGUACCGCAGGACUAUCUGACGGCCUCAGAUAUCUGCCUCCAGUCUCCGACCCGCUCGCCGGUUGUAAUGUGGAGAUUGUUCCUGAUUGCAUUGAUCCGAGACUAUAUUUAGACGCCAACCGUGUACAAAACAUUUAUCAGUGUCUGCGAGCUGCCGCGGCUCAGGAGAGUACUCGCUCUGUCUGAUUUCCUUUUUUCUCUGCUUUUGGCAUUUGUUUUCAGCCUUUUUUAUUUGUCUCCGAGGAGCAGCAGCGAUGCUUCUGUUCAGAGGCUGUGUGCUGUGUUAAGUUUGAACCCGGUGACUGUGGGAAACUGGGAGAAUUCCAAUGAGCUGCUUUCUUCACUGCUUUAAAACUAAUGGAGGAGAUGGGAGGCUUUUAAAGAGGAUGCACUGGGGCUACUGGAUUCAGUUUCAUCAAAUAUCGAGGAUCAGAUAUCAGCCUGUCACUGCAGUUUACUGUUGAGAUCACAUAACAGAGGUUGGUUUUUAUUCGGACAACAACAGACGAUGAAAAGAGUCUCGAAAUCAGGAAACAAUUCCUUUAAAACAGAAAAAGGUGAGGCACAUGUGGUUUUAAAGUUUGAUUCAGCAGAAAGGAAACUCAAAGUGCUUCUUACGAAACCUUAAAAGAAAGAUGACAAAAGCCAACCCUAAUUUACAUCGCAUCCUGAACGGCUACGGAAAGGCCGUAUCCUUCGAUCGUAACCAAGUUAACGUGUCAAUUUCCACCGGCUUCUUUCCGUUCAGCUGAAUCUCUUUAUUGACUUUUACUCCCUUCACAUUGGCCCCAAAAUAAUCAUCUACGUCGUUGUGGAAACAUAGAGAUAUAAAACAGAAGAGGACCCAGGAUGGAGCCUUGGGGAACCCCAAAUUAAAUGUUUCCUGACCUUUUGACUCAGUGUAGUCUCUGUCCAAAAGUUGGACUUGGGUCGGAGAGUCCUUUGUAGUCCUGCAGGUGGUCCAGGUCGUAUAUUGUGGUCAAAUAUGUCAAACGUAGCAGAUCCAGUCACACCAACACUGAGAUCACACCAUCAUCAGUAAACUGUAAAACAAAAACAGUGAAAUACCCUCAGAAGAGACGACAGGAAUUUACUGUCAUCUGAAGGUACAUUGUUGGUAAUUUAUUUCAACUACUAUAAAUUUACAGUCAUUUUAGUGACAAAAUUAUGGUAUUAGACAUUAUUGUACUUGCUCUGUACAAGUGGUUCAACCAAGGACAUAGUAGCGUCCACAAUUAUUUGUGACCUACAGUAGAAACCUUUUUAAAAAAAA